GUGAACGAGGCGCAGCUGGAGAGCAAUCAGCUCGCUCAAACAGCAGCUCUACAAAAUCAAGCAGCUGCUGCACAGGGGGAUGUUUCAAACAGAGGAAAUGCAGAAUACACUAUUCAGCAUGAAGGUCCUAAUCUUCUUCUGCGUGGUGUGUGGAGCUCUGUCUGCAGCUCGGGAAUUAAACUGGGGCGCUCGGCCUGCAGUCGGCAGGUAUGGAGACCAGAACCCAGAGCAGCCUAAAGUCCAGGAACAACAAGCUCUCAAUCAGGAGAAACAGUCUUUCCAUAAACCGCUGACUUGGAAAUAUCCGGAGCUCCCGGCUGAGGAGGAGCCCCAGUACCCUGCAGAUUUUGAGCUGAAGGCCCCACAGGCGGUAGAGAGCGUUAGCGCCGUGUGCGGGGAGAACUCCGUCCGGGUGGAGGCCAAGAAAGACCUGCUGGGCAUCGGGAAACCUGUCCGUGCUGCAGAAGUCACGCUGGGAGGAUGUCCGGCCACCGGGGAAGAUCCCGACGCUCAGGUCCUCAUCUUUGAGUCGGAGCUGCACGGAUGUGGCAGCGAGCUCCUGAUAUCGGAGGACUCGUUCAUCUACGCCUUCACGCUGCACUACAUACCCACUCCUCUCGGGGACAGUCAAAUCUUACGGACCCGGGAGGUCACCGUCAACAUCCAGUGUCACUACCAGAGGAAACAUGAUGUAAGCAGUGUGAAGUUGAAGCCGACCUGGAGUCCGUUCAUUACCAGCGACUCUUCAGAGGAAAAUCUCUCCUUCUCUUUCAGACUCAUGACUGAUGAUUGGCAAUCGACUCGUCCGUCGGCUCAGUUCCUGCUGGGAGACAUGAUGAAGUUUGAAGUUUCGGUCAAACAGUUUCAUCACAUCCCCCUCAGAGUGACGGUGGACAGCUGUGUGGCCACCGUGGUCCCGAACAUCGACACCGUCCCCCGAUACGCCUUCCUGGGAAACAACGGGUGCCUGUUUGACAGUCAGCUAACCGCCUCCAGCUCUCAGUUCCUCCCGCGCACUUAUGAGGACAGACUGCAGUUUCAGGUGGAGGCGUUCAGGUUCCAGCAGGACCAGCAUGGCGUGAUCUACAUCACCUGCAACGUGAGAGCUGCUGCAGCUUCUGCCGCGGCCGACGCUACCAAUAAAGCCUGUUCCUUCUCCAAUGGGUGGAGGGAGGCAAGCGGCAGCCAUCGAGUGUGUGCCUGCUGUGACACAGACUGUGGGACAGGAAGUCACAUGACUGGAUCAAGUGCUCAGUGGGAAAAGGAAACAGCUGUUGGACCAAUCACAGUGAAGGAGAGACCUCUAGAGUGAAAGUACAAAAUAAAAGCUUUCAAAUCAAA